UUGGUUGGCAAAGGGUGGGGGCGAGAUAGCUGGCCUGUGAUUGGCUGGUGGGGAGGGUGGUGAGUUGGAGGUAAACAAAGUCAAAAUCUGAGGCGUCUGCUGCUGCUUUUUCUGUGUGAAGGAGGAAGUUUUAGCGGCAAUAACUCUCCGCCUGAAGGUGUUGCCAGCCGUCCGUCCGCCUCAGCCAUGCAGGCCAGGAAUGUGGUGAAGGUGGUGGUGGCGGCGGUGGUGGUGAUGGUGGUGGUAACGUGCGCCGCCGCCAAGCCAGCAGACGAAGACAAGAAGAACAGGGUGUACAAUGGCAAACUGAGUGACGAGGAACACUUUAUCCACGAUGAGCACAACCCUGACUAUGACCAUGAGGCCUUCCUGGGCGAGGACGAGGCACGCACUUUUGACCAACUUACCCCCGAGGAGAGCAGAGACAGGCUCAGCAAAAUUGUGGACCGGAUAGAUUCAGACAACAAUGGUGUGGUAACAGAGGAGGAGCUGCAGGCUUGGAUUGAGUACACACAGAAGCGGUACAUCAAUGACGAUGUGAAGCGGCAAUGGAGCACCAACAACCCGGAGAACAGGGAUGUGCUGCACUGGGAGGACUACAAGGCCAGGGUGUAUGGCUUUAUUGACAACAUGGACCAGAAUGAGCUGGACACUGAGGAGGAUGAUGGCAUGAGCUACCAGGAGAUGAUCAAGAGGGACAAGAGGCGGUGGGAGGCAGCAGACCGUGAUGGAGACUCAACACUGACUCUUCAAGAAUUCACUGAUUUCCUUCAUCCUGAGGAAGCAACUCACAUGACUCACAUCGUGGUGCUGGAGACCAUGGAAGACAUUGACAAGGAUAAUGAUGGCAAGAUCUCCCUGGCAGAGUACAUUGGUGACAUGUACAGGGGCGGAGGUGACGACGAGUCAGAGGAGCCGUCAUGGGUGAGCAGUGAGCGGGAACAGUUCACAGAGUUCAGGGACAAAAACCAGGAUGGAUUCAUGGAUGAAGAAGAGGUGCGAGCAUGGAUCAUCCCUUCAGACUACAACCAUGCAGAGGCAGAAGCAAAACACCUGAUAUAUGAGGCUGACAGUGAUGGAGAUGCUGAGUUGACCAAAGACGAAAUACUUGAAAAGUACGAUGUCUUUGUAGGUUCACAGGCGACAGACUUUGGCGAGGCGUUGGUAAGACAUGAUGAAUUUUAGUUCUUCGAAUGCACCUCCUCACCUGAACCACUGGACCUUCCCUCCUUCUUUGACCAAAGAUUCCAAAAGUCCACUACAGGACGUGCAAAUUGCUUGCCAAGAAAAAGAAAAAAAUAAGUAAAUGUCGGUAGAAACUCAAAAUUGCUACCUACUCGAUGUAAAUAACAGCAAGGACCAUUUGGCCAGAUAACUACAGGGAUGCAUAUACUGAAAUGCCAACUGACCUCAUUGUUGCUUUUAGUAGUAAUAAGAUAGGGAAACAGUUGCAAGCCCCUCUUUGCCUCAAGGAUAUCUCCCUUGGUUCUGUCAGUACAUGUUCCUCUCUCGUACAAGAAAAUAUCUCCCCACCUCAUGUAUAGGUAUGGUGUGAAUUCAUCAGUAUUUUGUGCAGGAGUACAGUACAAAAAAUCAAAUUUCAUUACUAAAGAAAUAGCACAGUGUAUGUGUGUUUUAGAUGCAAUUUUUUAGAUGCAAAUGCAAGUCACAACUAAAUUUUGCACAUGAUGAAUUCACACUGUAUUUGAGGAAAUGAGAAUAAUAAAAGGAAACAUUCAGCUGACAUAUAACUUGUGAUACUGUGGAAUAGAAACUGGGAAGCUGGCAGUCCUAUCCACAGCACUACAUUAUUGGGCUACAAGUGACCAAGCAAAGUUACCAGUCUUCUUAUGUUGUUCAUUGUUGAUGUGAGUUCUCAAAUUGUAUUUAGCAGACUACUUUUAUAUGUAUGCAAAUGAUAUACACUUAACUAGGUUAGCCAGUUUUAUUCUAAGGGGAACCAGUCUCUACCUGGAACCCACCUUCUGUGAGAGUUUGAAUGAAGCCACAAAUGUUCAAUUCAGUGUCGGAUGUUAUUUUUUAGAUUAUUGUGAUAGAACAGAUCAAGAAGGAACAGCAAGACUACAUUAUUUAAUUUAUCUUUCUAUCUGUUGUAAACUUAACUGUUAUUUUGAUAUUGUAGCUAUAGAAUGAAGAAUAUUUAUUAUGAGCAAGAGCCUGGUGCUGGUAGGACAGGAUUGCAUUCUUGUCCUUGUGUCUGCCUAACUGUACCACUGCCGUUUCCAUACCACUGAGGGUUGACAUUUGUGUGUGUUUGUGCAUGUGUGUGUGCAAUCGUGUGUGCAUGCAUGCAUAUGUGUAAGAGGCUUUAAAAGUCUGGUGAAGCUGAAAACUGAGGGACAUGCCAAUGGGAGGAAGACAUUACUGGCAUUCACAGGAAAAUAAACCACCUGAAAAGAAUCAAGUUCACAAAUACAUGAGUGAUAAUUAAAAAGAUAAUGAACAAGAAAUGAGUCAAUUUUGGGUUUUGUAUGAGAUAGAGGUGUUUUGCUAAGAAAGUAUUAGUAACAUGAUGUCUCCUCUGUGUGACCUAAAUCAUAGUAUUUUCUCUAUUGCAUUUAAUAUUUGAUUUAUUUUAAACAUGAUUAGUCCUGUAUGAGUGACUUGUCUGUUUCAACUUGCCCAGAAAACAAUACUCAGCAUAAAACGGACAAAGUAUGAAGUGUUUUAUUCUCUGCAGCUGCUACUGAAUUAACCCUGUUGGCUCGCUUAGACUAGUUUUAUAUAACUUACAGUUUUGUAUGGUACCACUUCUGUGUCUUUUGUAAUAAACAGAAAAUUUACAA